UGUUAAGGGGUUACAUGGGUUUCAAGGUUUCAAAAAAUCGAUUUUUUUGUCUUAUUAAAUUCUAUAACAUCUCUAGAAUAUUGUCCUAAAUUUUCAAGUUGAUCCGAGUAAUAGUUUCGGAGAUACAGCCCUGAAAAGACGGACGCUCGAGGUCAGGUAUAGGCUGAGCGCGCAGUAGGUAUAACGCUGCAGCUGCUCGCCUAUUGUUAGUCGUAAUUCUUGCCCUUUUCUUUCACUGUAUAAGGUAAACUAGUGGGAAAUAUUUCAUUUGGUGAUUUCUCGUUAAACUACGUAGUUUAUUUUGAGUUUAUAAGUGUUUGCUGUGAAUUUUAUUCGAUAAAAAAUGCCGUUUAAAGUGUCUAGAGCCCAGAUAACGGAAGGUGUUCGUAGAAAAGAUAGACCUAAGAAAAGGAAACAAUCGUUUAAUCCGAAAAAUCCUGAGAUAGAUGAUAAUUCUUUCACGAGUUCGUCGGCAAAGAAAUUAAAAGGCGAGGAUAAACAGCACGUGCCAGAGGAAGCCACACUACAAUAUUCGAUCAUUGACUUUGCUCUGGUUUUUUCUACACUUUCGUCUUUUGUGCGGUGUUCAAACAUUAUUAAAAGUGCAGGUGAAGAACAAUUUUGUAAUGGAAAAAUAGAUUUUAAACAAUGCUCCAAAUUCGGUCUGGGAUUUAAACUUGUGGUACAAUGUGAACGAUGUAAACCAAAAUAUAUUUUAUCAUGUCAACAAAUUGGCAGAAUGUAUGAACUAAAUCGGCGGUUUAUUUUUGUUAUGCGAGUAUUGGGUUUGGGUCUUGCUGGAUGCAAGAAGUUUUGCGGUUUGAUGGAUAUAAGCAGCUCCUUUUUGAAUCAAUCAACAUACGACUUUUAUAUUAAUAAAAUACAUGAAUGUAUUACCAUAGUUGGUGAGAAACUGUUCUCCUCUGCUGCUACAGAGGAAAAGCAAAUGACAAGUUUAGCAAACAACAUUGAAGAUACGACAGAUGUGACUGUCUCCGGUGAUGGGACGUGGAAAAAGCAAACUGCUGCAUUAAUCGCUGCUUGUACUUUCAAUGAAGGAAUAUCAGCAUUAUUAUUAAUUAUGCACAGUAUGGACCUAAAACUUGGUCCAAAUUCCCACAAUUAUGCCCGAAAGAUAGAUGAAAACCGGGUGAUCGCAGCCGAAAAGAAAUCUACUAGCGAGACUCGUGAAGCCAGGGUUCGUCAUCGACAGGAGCAAAAGGAUGCCCUGGACAUUGCAGCUGCAGCAGGUUCUCCACUUUAUGGCCCAGGAAUCGACGAUUCAAUAUAAUCCUGAAAGAAGUUCUGCUGACAACGCGGAGGCACCUUUUUUCCGAGGGACUGCCGGAAAUGGCGUCGUAAUGGCCGCCAUCUUGAUAUUUUUUUUUGAAAAUUUCACAAAAUGUUUAUUAAAUAUGUAUCUUUUAAAUAAUAAAAAGUUUCAUCUAAAUAUUUCAUUUUUUAUAUGCAAAAAAAAUUAUUGAAA